AUGGCUCCAACUUACACUAAUUCCAACGGGUGUCCCAUUCCAGACCCUUUCGCCUCUCAAAGAGUCGGACAACAUGGUCCUCUUCUUUUACAAGACUUUAACUUGAUUGAUUCGCUUGCUCAUUUCGAUAGAGAACGGAUUCCUGAAAGAGUGGUUCAUGCUAAGGGAGCUGGUGCCUUUGGAUACUUUGAAGUCACGGAUGACAUUUCCGAUGUUUGUUCUUCUGAUUUCCUCCAAUCUGUAGGCAAGAAGACCAAGGCUUUUGUUCGUUUCUCCACUGUUGGUGGUGAAAUGGGUUCUGCUGAUUCUGCCAGAGAUCCAAGAGGUUUCGCUAUUAAGUUGUACACUGAUGAAGGUAACUUGGAUUUGGUGUACAAUAAUACCCCAGUUUUCUUUUUGAGAGACCCCACCAAGUUCCCCCACUUUAUCCACACCCAAAAGAGAAACCCAGAAACUCAUUUGAAAGAUCCAAACAUGUUUUGGGAUUACUUGACUGCCAAUGAAGAAUCUGCCCAUCAAGUUACCGUUUUGUUCUCAGACAGAGGUACUCCACGCUCUUUCAGAGAAAUGAAUGGUUACUCUGGUCACAGUUACAAAUGGUCUACUAAGGAUGGUAAAUGGGUCUAUGUUCAAGUUCACUUGAUCUCUGACCAAGGUAACCACACUUUGACCAAUGAAGAAGCUACUGCUUUAGCAGGUACCAAUCCAGAUCACGCUAUGGAAGAUUUGUUCAAGAAUAUUGCAAAGGGUAAUGCUCCCUCUUGGACUAUGUACAUUCAAACCAUGACUUCAGAGCAAGCUAAACAAGCACCAUUCUCUGUGUUUGAUUUGACCAAGGUUUGGCCCCACAAGGAUUACCCAAUGCGUAGAGUUGGUAAGUUGGUUUUGAAUGAAAACCCAAAGAAUUACUUUGCUGAAGUUGAACAAGCUGCGUUUGCUCCUGCUCAUACUGUUCCUUACAUGGAACCAUCAGCAGAUCCUGUUUUACAAUCCCGUUUGUUUUCAUAUGCUGACACUCAUCGUCAUAGAUUGGGUACAAACUAUACCCAAAUUCCUGUCAAUUGUCCUGUUACUGGAGUUUAUAACCCUCAUCAACGUGAUGGUCACAUGACUGUCAAUGGCAACUUGGGUUCAGCUCCAAACUAUCACUCCAAAUUAAGAACUGAUAUUGAAUACAAGCAAUUUUCAAUCCAAGAAGAUCAAGAAGUUUGGAAUGGUGCUGCAUGCCCCUUCCACUGGAAGGCCACUGAUGCUGAGUUCACUCAAGCCACUGCCUUGUAUAAUGUUUUGGCUAAGUAUCCUAAUGCUCAACGUAACUUGGCUCACAAUGUUGCUGUUCAUGCAAGUGGUGCUGAACCUGCUAUCCAAGACAGAGUUUUUGCCUACUUUACUAAGAUUCAUCCUGACUUGGGUGCUGCCAUCAAGAAGGAGGUUUUGGAACUCAGUCCUAGAAAGUAG